CGGUGUUGCGCAAUUGUACUAUACGAAAAAUGCUAUUUAUGAAAAGCCCUGAGAAGAUCUUAUAAUUUUUAAUUAUGAAAAAUAUUGAUACAAUCAUGGUUUUAUUUCUUUUCCAUUUCUAAAAGGUUCACUACUUUCUAAAUCACAACCUCUCAUUACUUAUUUAACAUUGGUCAUUCUUUUUUGUUAUGGAAUUAAAUUUAAAAAAAUAUGAAUUGAUUACAAUUAAAGACUUUAAGUUCAUAAUUUGCACUGGUACUGAUCUACCCAUAUGAUUGAAACAUAAAUGCACACAGUUUUAAGUAUCAGAAGAAAGUAAAGUACAUUUCGCUUCAAACUUCCGUUGGGUCCUCAUAUUUGAAAUGCUGGCAAAAAAAUAUAAGCAUUAUUCAUUAAAUUAAAGUAUACUAAAGAUCCAGUAUAACUAAUGAAUUAGUUUGAUGGAACAUCUUGAAAUCCCGCCAAAAGAUUAAAGUACCUACGUAGCAUCCAAAAAUAACUCAGCGAAGCUUUAGUUUCACACUAUCGUACUAGCAUGUGCUAACACUGUUUAAUUAUAACAAAUCGUAAAGAUUUUCUCCUUAUAACCAUGAGUGCUGAUGCGGCAUCUUUGCCUUGUCCUGUUUGUUCGCAUAAUAGUGUUUUCGACUCAGUGCAAACGUUAAGAGACAGACUAAUACAUGUGUCAACAAAUAAAAUAUUGUGCCCAGUGUGUCAAGAAGAGGUAUUUGGGCUAGAUAAACUAACGAUACAUUUAUUCAGCCAUGUGAAAUUAUUGACCAAAGGUGUAGAAGAGAAAGAUCGAGUACCACCUUCGAAAGAUAAAGCCAAUUUACCAAAUCAAAGCACAGCGCAGCUCAAGAAACCUAAAACGUCAGUGGUUAAAAAUAAAACUCCGUCAUCUGCAACAAAUACUCCUGUUAAAUUUGUGAAAAUUUAUCCUAAAUUACCAGUUGUGUCAGUGAAUACCAUACCUGUUAUUGACAUGUCGAGAAAUAAGGAGUCUGUUCAAGGUAUUGAACGCGUUUUCGUUAAGUCUGAAGCGGCAUUGGUACAAACAAACACUACUUGUAAUAUUUGCAGCUUACAGUUUAUUGAUGCCAAUAUAUUAAAAAUGCACAGGUGCCUCAUACACAACAUAGAUGAAAAUGCCAAUCAAAACUUCACCCGAUACCAUUGCCAUUUAUGUCCCAAAAAUUUCAAAAUGAGGGGAUCCUUAAUGGUACAUUUAAGGGUAGCACACAUAGGAUUUUUAUCUGGAAAUUGCAAUGACACCAAUGCAACUAAGACCGCUGGAGGAACAAACACUGAACAGCAGGACGAAAAGUUAUCGCACUUGGAAAGAAAUGAUAACAAACAAUGGCAAUGUGAAGUAUGCCGCAAAUGUUUUACAACUAAAUAUUUCCUCAAGAAACAUAAGCGUCUUCAUACAGGUGAAACUCCGUAUGCUUGUACUCAAUGCAAUAAAACGUUUACAUUUCAACAAUCUUAUCACAAGCAUCUCCUGUACCACAAUGAUGAGAAGCCGCAUACAUGUACUUACUGCGGACGCGCAUUUAAAGAGCUAUCAACACUUCACAAUCAUCAACGUAUUCACACUGGAGAAAAGCCAUUCUCGUGCGAAACAUGUGGAAAAUGUUUUCGCCAGCGGGUCUCAUAUUUAGUUCAUCGACGCAUACACACUGGAGUGAUGCCUUACAAGUGUACAGCUUGCCAGAAAAGUUUUAGAUACAAAGUAUCACAAAGAACACAUAAGUGUCAAGCACAACCUCCUGGGACAGUAGUUCGACAAAAAGGGGAGCUUGUUGAAAAGCUUAAAAAGAAACAUGAGGAGCCUAACACUAAACUGUCAGAGCCACCAGAGCCACCGACGAAUCUAACUGAAAAUUUUAACUACAAUGACGUGUCUGAAGCUAACGCUGAAUUAGUACGCUCGGGAGCCAAGCUAUCGUUGGAAGAUAUGGAAUCCGAACACUUUUCUUUAAUUUCUGAAGCUUUAAUUGAUAGUAGAGAUAACACGACUAAAACUGCAACUCUGAGUAUUCAAAGUCCUAUAAAUGGAGGUGAAGAAAUUUUCAACCAAAAUAUAGACGAAUUGAUAGACUCCAUUCCAAUACAAGACAAAAGUAUUCCGUCGCCUUCUGAAAUAUUAAAAAAUCUAUGUUUGUCGAAAGAUGAAGAUUAUAUGGGACUUCUUCAACCAAGAGACGAAGUUAAAAACUAUGACGUUUGCAAAGAUUUGAAUACAUUUCUCUGAAACUUUCUAGAAUAAACACCUUAAUCUGAAGCCAUCCUAAAUGUUUAUAAUAUAUUUAUCCUUUUAUUUACAAAUGGUC